CAGUGGGACCUAACAACGGGAAUGAUGAAAUCAUUAUGGUCAGGUCCCUAGCCCUCAGUCGAGUCACCUCCGCGCAGUCCCUGCUCUAUUUCAACCCAGCCCUUACGCCUCACGUCAGGAUUCAUCUCAAGACCCAGACCAAAUUAAAUUAUUUUCGUUCACUACGGAGGCUUCACACAUCUCGACAACUGCAGCUUUACCAUCUCGAUGGCUCCCACAACUAAGGAACUUCCUAACGAAAUUUCUUCAGCUCGCGGCAAUGAUUCAGACGCAUCCUAUGAUAUGCCUGAAGGUACGGCAUCUCUUGCCUCAGCCAGCAAUACCAACAGCAAGGCCAAGGCAUUGCAAUCCGAGAAGGUCGAGAACCUGUGUGUUGAAAAUGCUGUCACUGGUCUUGCCGGAGAGAUGCCCAACAACCACGACCAAAAAAAUUCGACCUUACCAUCAUGGAUCCCGAAGAUCCCAAGGAUGCAACAAAGCCUUACUUCGAAUGUUGCACAAAAACGAGCCUUGAUGGAGGAAUUGUGGUUACAGAGUGCACAGCAAACGACCGGUGACAGUGAUGUCGAAUCUGUAAUUAGUAACGAUUCCGGUCUUGGCAACCCCGAAACACAGUCCGACGAACAGUUCACAGAUUUGAAAUUGGAUGCGGAUUUGCAGUCAGUUCGCACCGACAUCCAGACUGAAGCAGAAGCACUUCUGCGGACUCUGGAUGAUAUUAGUCUCAACGAUGAGACGGCAGUAUCCCGAGAAACCAGUGUCCAGCUUCGAAAGCAUUCACGAGCAAUUGCGUAUAUAUUUGGGGAUGAUGUCAUAAUUUUGAAAAGAAUAAUCAAAGAUCAAGAUGAGGAGCUGGGGAAACUCACUCGCAUGCAUGCUACCGAAUGUGCUCGUACUAACACCGCGACCAACGAGACAAUCUUCAAGGUUCAGCAAGAGAAAACCGAGGAAAUCAAAAUACUCAAGCGGCGCCACAACUCAGAAGUCCAGAAAUUGUACAACCAAUAUGAAAACAGCAAAAAACGGCACAAAGAGCAGAUUGUCUUGCUCGAGCAGAAGGCCGGGCUCUUAGGAAUUGAUUCCCCGUCGUACAAGGCGCUCGCAGAAGAACAUGAGAAACUGAAGAGGCAGCUCGCAGCAGCUAAAGCUCAAAUCUCGGUUCUGGAGGGUAAGGUACAGCAGUGCCAGGACUCCCAAGCCCGGACUGAGGAUGAACAGGCAUAUGCAAUCAACUACAUCUCAGAAUUGCGCAACGAGAAGGCCGUUAAAGAUGCAAAACCGGUGGACUGUGUUCAGGAGGCUCGAGAUUAUGAGGAAGAAAGAGAUGCCGCCCUAUUCGAAAUUUCGGAACUCCGGACUGUUGUGGGUAACCGCAAGAAGGAAAUUGAGGACGCCAAGAGACGAGAUGAUGAGAUCUCUCGAGCACUUGAGCACGAGGAGAAGUCAAAACACAAGUUCGCUCAGCUCGCAGGAGUUCAACGGUCCGAGAUAGAGCGUCUCCGCCGCGGCAAUGACGUGCUGCUUAAAAAAAAUCAGGCUGUGAAGCUGACAGGGCACACACUUUCUCAACAAAAUGGACGGCUGGAGCAUGAAAAUACGAUACUCAAGCAACAAAUCCAGGCUUUCCAGGACAGGCGAGCGGUUGAAGCCACGAAGCUUGCAAACAUCAGGGAGAAGUUCGAAGCUGCUCUUGACCAAAUGCGAAAAGACAGAGCGAGUCUGCGAGAACAAUCCACAGGGCAUGAAACCGCUACACCCAUAUACACGCACAGCACCCUCAGGCCGUACAAAACCUCUGCCGACGUUGCCGAAAACAAACUUCCAGCCAGUGGACAAAAGGGCUCAUCGGGGGUGCAAAAUCAGAAAGACAACCCUGAAUCCCCCACCGCUCAGCGGCGAGAGAGAGCAAUAGCAGAGAGUAACGCAAAGUGGUCUUUUGAGAAGAACACUCUCGAGACUACGUCCACCUGCACAGCCCUAGAAAGGGAAAAUGCAAUCCUCAAGGACACAGUGUCCCAAGUAUCGGCCCAACUGCAGCACGCACGCAUUGGUGCUAAGUGUACCCGCGAUGCUUUGGCCGAACGAAAUCAAGAGCUAGAGGUAUUGAAUGUGGCCAAUGAGAAGGAUAAUUGGGUCUUGCGCGAUGCGCUUGUCACAGCAUUGACAAAGGUUGAGACGUUGGGCAAGCGGUUGAAGACGCAAUCUCAAUCGUCUGUUCUCGCAAUUCCCUCAGAAACCCCAGCACAGCAAGGGAGUCAGGUCUACUCCGAAGAAGAGGCUCUUCGCACUUGCGGGGAGUGUCUCACCGCGAAACUCGAGCUUUCGACCGUCCGAAACCACAUGUCCAUUUACCAAAACGAGAAAGAGGAGCUCAAGAAAGCGCACCUCAAAGCUCUCGCAGAAAAAGAGAAUGCCCAGAAGGAAUUGAAGCAAGUAAAUUUGAAUAUGACUCAUUUUGAGAAGGACGCCAGCCGGGCGCGAUUACAUACCGAGAACAUCAUCAAAAAUGCCAUCAAGGUCAACGCUGAACUCGAGAGAAAGCUUCACGUCGCUCAACUUGAGCUUGGUGGCACGAAAUCAAGGCUGAGUGCCUCUCAAUCAGGAGCCGAAAGUCUUGCUAAGGAGAUCGCUGAUUACAAGAAGGAGCUCAAGGUGGCGCUGGGAGGGUUGUAUAAGGAUGAUAUGGCUCUUGGCCAGCUCACUCGAUGGCACCAUCGGGUUUUUGCCCAGAAGGAAGCGAACUUGAAGCAGCGAACGGCGAUAGCAGAGGGAGUGGCCGAUGAUGAGAGGGCGAGGCUUUGGAAUCUCCGUGCGGAGGUCCAGAAGGAUGCCACGGAGCUGAUCAAGAGAACUGGGGGACUGGGGAGUUCAAGCCAUGAGAUCUUAGGGAAAUGGGCGGACGGUACCCUUGAGGAAAUUUGAUGGGAAUCGUAGUUGGAUAUGAAGGACCUUUCAUAUCCAUGGGCAGAGUUAGUGCUCCCUGUCUCGCGGUGGACAAAAGGCGGCACUAAUUGUCAAGUGUCGUCGGUCAAAGUUGGACAUUCAUCUGAACUUGGAAGGGGAAUGGAUUAGAUUUGGAAUGUACAAGGGAUACGAGGGAACAUUUGGAGAGGACUUGUCCAACUUGAAUGUGACAUUGAAAAUUAGUGCCGCUUUUCUUGCCCACCGCGAG